AAACAAUUUGAAACGGGGCCCGACGGGUCAAACUAUUCAAUAGAACUUGGAGCAAGCGACGAAGACGAAGAGGUCGGAGAUCUUCUCAAAUGGCAGCUUCAGCAGAAUCAUCCUCAGAGAUGGAAGACGCGCAUUCACCUACGAUUCCACAAUCGCAGCCUCUGCUGUCUACGAUUCCAAGCGCUAACAUCGCAGCGACGACGGUCGAAAACGCAGCUUCCUGGAUCGACGACGCGAUGCGUCAAGCGCUGGUGUACCAGAACACGAUCGUGGAGACGUUAGAUUCCACCAUUGACGCCUCGAGAACUCGAUUGUCUCAAAUUCGAGAUACUUCCAUAGCUCACACGAGCCAAACAAUCGAUUCUCUUAGAGAGAUUGCUUCUGAGUUUAGCGUUUACGAGCAUAUGGUGUUUGCGAAGAUUAAAGAGGGUGUAAACGUUGCUGCAUCUCAUCCGCUAAUGUCAGGAUCUUUAGCCUUUGGUGUUGGGAUCUUUGCUCUGAAAAAGACGAGAAGAUUUGUAUACUAUAAUACUUUGCGAAUGUUCUCAAGCGAAGAGGCUUUGCUUUCUAGAGCAGAUCUUAGAGUAAAAGAGCUGAGACAAUCAAUGGAUCGUCUUACAGCCGAAAGUGAAAAGCUAGAGAGAAUUUCAACUGUGGCAGAAGAUGAGUUGAUUAGAGGAAGGAUGAAACUCAGACAAGCAGGCAAACAGAUACGAGGGGUGGUCCAAUCAGCUUAUAAGAUAGAAAACCAAGCAGCAGGUUUGAAAGAUGUACUUAAAGAAUUGCCCACGAGAGAAGCUUCUCGAUUCCGUUCUCAAAUAUCGAACCGUGCUUCUGAAAUAAAGCAAGAGAGAAAGGCUUUGACAAAGGAAGUGAACAAGAUCAGCAACUAUGGUAUCUCCGUAUGAGGAGUUUUUGAUUACUCUCUUGGGUUCUUAGAUGAUGGAGCAAAAUUACACAAUAAUAAUAUCUUUAGCAUGAUUAAGACUUAUUUUGUUUGGUGUCAAAUGCCAAAUAUGUAAUCUCAUGUUGUUUUGUAUUCUCAAGGGCUUUGGUUAUUUGACAAUUAGUUAGCAAUACAAGUUGAUGGUGAUGUUUUCCCACCGUGAGGGUGUCUUUAAUCCGGUUUUUGGUUUUGGUUUAA